ACUUCACUGAUAACAUUUUCUUAUGAAGCGGUCAAUGUAAUGUUGUUUACUUUUUCCCAUUAAAAUAUUAAAUAAUUAAAAAACCAUCAAAUAAAAAUGCUUAAGCAACAUAUUCUCAUUGAAUUAAAACAAUUUAUUGCCGCCAUAACUGGCCACCGAGGUAAUCCGAAGAACAUCAACGCCACUCACUUGGUUCGGACGAGCCUGCAUUUGCUGGAGGAUCUGCCAGCGUCUCGAGAAAUCGUCUUCGAGUAUUUUUCUCUCGUCUUUGAUGUUGCCGUAGCCAAUUAUGUUGCCAACAACGCGGGAAGUGAAUCAAAAGCCCAACAACAAAUGCCUCCUGAAGAUGAAUCCUUCGCUGACAUUCAGGAAGCUCUGGAGAAUCUGGUCAACAAGGGACCGUCAGCCUGGAGUCCUCUGAUUGCUUCGUGGAGUUUAGACUUGGUCGGUAAAUUGUCGGACAAAUAUUCCCAUAAAAGAAAAAUGAGCAUUGGGGCGUCUUGUAAUUUCUGGUUAAAUUGCAAUGCAAUGAAGGGACUCUUGAGUUUAAUCAGCUCCUGCUUUAGGAAGCUCACCGAUUCCGAGGCAGAAUCGUGCGUUGAAACUUUAUUAGCUGCAUUUCAGAGGUAUUCUCUGACCUUUGAUUGGGUUGUUGCGCGUCUUGGGGGCUGCUUCCCUCUCAAAAUCAUUUCACACAUUCUUCAGUGUGGAUUGAAGCGUUUUUCGGAAGACAUUCGCUGUCGAUUUGACUCGGAGAUUGGAAUUCUUGACUAUUUGGCCUUCGCUCACGAAAAUGAACUCCUCCAGUCCCUCCGAGACCUCCUGGAGGACGGCUUCGUCCCCAAGAAACCAAUACACGUUCACAUAAUUCCCUUCAUCACUCAAAUAUCCCACUACUCUGAGUCUCUGUUGCAAAACGUCGUAACUGUGUUUCUUGAAUUAUAUAACGACACCCUCCUCGAAGCAAUCAUCCGCCAGACACCAGUUUGGAUGACCAAUAAAACGUUCAUGGACAUGCAACCCUCUUUCAAUAAUCUCCCCCUCAAUCUCAAGACAAAUGGAUCGAAACUUCUGAUGACCGCCGCUCGUCUAGCUGAACAAUAUUCGUGGUGUCAGGAGUUUUUGGAGUACAAUCUGCAAGAAUUGGAACAGGUCAUCCUCAUGAAUGCCCGCUGCCCACUGCUCAGUGAUUUGGCCACAGAUGCAUCGAAGUUUCUCAUUUGGAAAGCAUGUCUCAGUUGGAAUACAAUCGAACAACAAACUGCAGUACGAUUGCUUUUGCUUGUCUCUACUCAACAAUCUCACAUCUAUCAUCAAACAAUAUCGGAGUUGCUUAGGAAGUCGUACAAUUUGAAUAAAGGAGGAAUUGGUGCUCUCAUUCGGAUCAUUGGCAGUCAAAAUGGUAUUGUGGAUUUUCCAGACAUAAAACCCGGCUUCCAAAUGGCGUUGGAAGAGGUUUUGCUGAAGUUACAAUUCCACGAUAAGGAACAACAGACGCAGGCUUUGAAUACGUUUCAAAACUUAGUUACACUCGCCAAAUUGGAGAAAAAAGGAAUUGUGCCCUACUUGAAACAACAAAGUAUCGUCAACACUCUAAAUGAAUGCCUGGGAAAAAUUUUGGAAGUCUUUAAUUGUGCUUUGACUAAAUUACUUAUGGAAAUGGAAGAUUCAGCUCGAUCAAACUUUACAAACAACAACAAUAACAUUCAAUCUAAUGACCCUUUGAACGCAAAACGUGCUAAAACUGAGUCGGAUAAAAUGGACACCACCCCCUCGAAUGAAGUUUUAAUUCCCAAACAGAGUGAUCACGCUACAUUAGUUCAUAUCAUAGCUGAUUUAAUUAAUACCAUCGAUGCUGGUUCAAGGAUCAAUGUCAUAAGUACGGCGGAUGUACUCAAGUUGAGCAGACUGACAGUGAAGUACUUCUUUUGGAGUCUCACAGAGAAAAGUCCAUCUAUUCGUUCGACUGCAAUUAAUCGAGCGCUUGAUCUUUUCCAGAGACAAUGUAGUGCAAGAAAAUCAGCACGUUCUGUCUGUCUGAGGGAAUUGGUUGAAGGAGCAUUGUAUUUCUAUGGAUAUCUGUUUGGAGCUUAUCAAGAACCAGAAGUUGAUGAUAGCAUUCUGCCGGAGAAUGAAAUGCUUUUUUAUUCAAAUCAGAAGCAAAGUGUUGGACCGAAUGCCAAUCGAACAGUUCUACAUGCGGGAGUGAUAGGCAAAGGCUUGAGAUCGGAGAACACUCAGGGCAGGGCCUCAGAACCAGAUCCUGAAAUGCAGAGAUUGUUACUAAAAGCAAUUGAUUGUUGUUGUUGUGAUUGGGAAAAACCUAACCACGUUGAAGGUUAUUCCAUGGUUUCAUUGCUUCUGGUCGAAAUGGUUUCAACCGAUGUCAUGUACAAUGGUUUGCCUUUUCCGGAUGAGGAAUUCACAAAAGUUACCAUGGAACGAGAUCUUCGUAUAAGACGAACCUUCAUAUCAUCGCCGAUUUUGUGGGCUUUACUUGGACUCAUAGCAACCCAUCGGCCAGCUCUUUGCUUCUCCUCUGUCCUGCUUCGUGCUCUUUGUGCAACUUGUCUACAUCAAUGGAGAGCGAAAAAUGUUAACAAAUUCCAACAAAUUGAUAAAAGUGAGGAACUCAUGCAGUGUACCAUUAAGCUUCUCCAGAUUCUAGCUAUGGGCCAAUUGUUGCCACCUCCUUUGGCCAGUUUGCAUAUGGUUGUUGAAUAUUUUGAUCCACCAGAGAUGGCUCUUGUUCUAAAAGAAUGCAUAUGGAAUUAUCUGAAAGACAAUGUACCAUCACCUGCGCUAUUUACCUGCGACAAUAAUGCCCUGCAUUGGCGCAAUCCAAGUACUUCGAAAAUUCCCCCACAAUAUGUUGAUAUUCUACGAAAUAUUAUGCAAAAGAAAUUACCGCAAUUAGGUACACAUUAUCAUCAGAUGUUUCAAAUGGGUGAUAUGGAAAAUGUAGUAAUUGAAAUUGUUGAGAAAUAAAAUUACAAAUUUAUGUA